AUGAACCGUCUGCUUUGUUGUUUUCCAUCAUUUCAACGCCAGGACCUGGCGAACAAGCUGAGUGAGCCACUCCAGGUGUCUGCUUACCGCCUCUCUUUCGCCAUCUUUGGGAGGAAGCUCGAGGAUGAGGUCUUGAAAGACCUGUGGCCGGAGGAGGGAGACCUUGAGUUACAGGUGCUGGUACGGCCGAUUGACAAGGGCCGCUGUCCCCUGAUGAAGCCUGGUCAAAUCCUUGAGGUGCGCCGUGAUGGCAUCAUGAAAGUUGCUGUGACCUUCGAGCUGGGACAUGUGCUGGAGCAUGAUGCCGACAAGUAUGUCGUGCACAAAGUGGUGGUGAAGGACCCAGCCGAUUUCUUCCCUUCGCCCCAAGUUGUCUUCCUCUACGACGAGGAGACACUCUCCAACAAGGGCAGCAAGACG